UUUUGUUGGGUUAUAUGUGCAGUGGACGGGGCGUCCCGCGGCCGCUGGCUGGAACCUGUUGCUUCGCAGUUCCGUGUUGUGCAAUGGACGGCAGUGUCCACCAAGAUUUAACAGUUGGUACUAAGAGAGGAUCUGACGAACUUUUAUCCAGCGUCUCCAACGGCCCGUAUAUCAUGAACACCACAGCCAAUGGCAAUGACAGCAAGAAGUUCAAAGGUGACUUAAGGGGUCCCAACGUGCCGUCCAGGGUCCUGCACAUACGCAAGCUUCCCAUCGACAUCACAGAGACCGAGGUCAUCAGCCUCGGCCUGCCUUUCGGCGACGUCACCAACCUGCUGAUGCUGAAAGCCAAAAACCAGGCCUUCUUGGAGAUGAACUCGGAGGAAGCGGCGCAGAACAUGGUGGGUUAUUACUCCACAGUGAUGCCGAUUAUCCGACAACAACCAGUCUUUGUCCAGUUCUCCAACCACAAGGAGCUGAAAACUGACAACUCCCCCAACCAAGAGAGGGCCCAGGCGGCUCUGCGGGCCCUGAGCUCGUCUCAUGUGGACACUGCGGCGCUGGUGGUGGCUCCGAGCUCCGUCCUGAGGGUGGUGGUGGAGAAUCUGCUGUAUCCCGUCUCCUUGGACGCACUGUGCCAGAUCUUUUCAAAGUUCGGCACUGUGCUGAGGAUCAUCGUUUUCACCAAGAACAACCAGUUCCAGGCUCUGCUGCAGUAUGCUGAAGGGGCGUCGGCUCAGGCGGCCAAAGUGUCUCUGGAUGGGCAGAACAUCUACAACGGCUGCUGCACUCUGAGGAUCAGCUUCUCCAAGCUGACGACCCUCAACGUGAAAUACAACAACGACAAGAGCCGCGACUUCACCAGGCCGGACCUGCCGUCCGGAGACGGCCAGCCCACGAUGGAGCACCAAGCCAUGGCCACAGCCUUCGGUCCUGGCAUCAUCUCUGCUUCACCGUACACGGGAGCAACUCAUGCUUUCCCACCAGCCUUUGCUCUCCAGCCAGUCUCCUCCCCCUAUGCAGGCCUGACGAUGUCCGGUCUGCCCGGAACGCUGGCCUCUCUGACGCUCCCUGCUGGGGCCAGGCUGGGAUUCCCAGCCAUCCCUGCAGGACACUCCGUCGUGCUGGUCAGCAACCUUAACGCUGAGAGAGUUACGCCCCACUGCCUCUUUAUUCUCUUCGGUGUUUAUGGCGACGUGAUGCGAGUGAAGAUUCUCUUCAACAAGAAGGAGAACGCUCUGGUUCAGAUGAGCGACAGCACCCAGGCUCAGCUAGCGAUGAGCCAUCUGAAUGGUCAGCGGCUGCAUGGGAGGCCUCUUCGCAUCACUUUGUCCAAACACACGAGUGUGCAGCUCCCCCGGGAAGGUCACGAGGACCAGGGUCUGACCAAAGACUACAGCAGCUCCCCCCUGCACCGCUUCAAAAAGCCUGGAUCUAAGAACUAUUCCAACAUUUUUCCACCGUCGGCCACCUUGCACCUUUCCAACAUCCCCCCCUCUGUGGUUGAAGAUGAUCUAAAGAUGCUGUUUUCCAGUUCAGGAGCUGUGGUUAAAGCCUUCAAGUUCUUUCAGAAGGACCAUAAAAUGGCUCUGAUCCAGAUGGGCUCUGUGGAGGAGGCCAUUGAGUGUCUCAUCCAGCUCCACAACCACGACCUGGGAGAGAACCACCACCUGCGGGUUUCCUUCUCAAAGUCCUCUAUCUGAGCCUUCGACUCGCCGGUCAGAUCCUGGUCAGGGAGCGGACCGGAUGGCACCCACUACACUCCGAUCAUUCCAACAAGCGUCUACAGAAACUACCAUGAAGUCUGAUGUAACCUUAAAUUAUUGUUUUUAAAUUAAUUGAUUCAUUUUCAGAGGUCAGGUAUUCUUGAGAAAAUUCCCAGGUUUUCCUCUGAAGUCCGGAUCUGGAGGAAUCCGGGUUUUUAGGAUUUUUCAAAAUGUAGCCACAAGAUUGUUAGAAUACACUCUCAAAUCAGUCUCAGCCUUGCUAUAAACAUUUUUUUAAUCUCUUUCUUGCCGUCGGACCUUAAAAAACCAGACUCCUGGGGUCUGUUGUCCUCAGCUCUCACUUAAAUCUUAAAAUUCGAAUUUCACACAUUUCAAACAUUUAAACUCAGAUUACGGUUCUCCUGCUCCUGAUCCUCCUGCUGUAGCUUUCACCUGUUCAUGAUGCCGUGGCUUUAUCAAAGGACCCCUGUGCCUUAAUUCUGAAGUCGCAGUGACUUCCUCUUUAACUGAAAAGCCUCUGUGAAUUGGCAGGUUUACAGUUGGUAAAGGUUUACUGUAGAGAUGUAUUACAGAUAUAUCCAUAUUUUAAGUGUAUUUUAUUGGUGGUGUUGUCAGUGCUUGUUAGUGUUUUGUACUGCUGGUCAUAGAGUGAAACACGUGAACUGUUAUAGAGGGUUUGCUGGAUUUUUAGCCGUAGAACUUAAUUAUUUCUUUUUCUUUUUUUUUCUUUAACUUCUUUAUUUCCACUUAUGCAAUCAUGUUGUUAUCAUUUAUCCUAGCAUUAUUUUAAUCAUUCCUAAUUUUUCCUUUUUCUUGCUUUGAUGGUUUCCUCUGAGAAACCCCAUGGAAUGUGUCGUUAGCUUGUCUGUCGCCUUGAACGGUUUUAUUUAUACGUUUUGUGAUCCACUACAGCUGAAACCAAAAAUGGCCUUCUAGAUGCAAACAAAUCUGCCUGCCUCAGGUUUCUGGUCUAGCGGACCAGAAAAAGGAUUUGUGGACUGGUUCAGGCUCCUGUGGGAAUGUUUAGCGAUUUCUCGACUGGAUCCAGCCCAUCGGUGCAACUUCAGUUUGGGGAGAGAGAAAAAACAAAACAAAAAGAGUAUGUGGAGUGCCUUCAAAGCAGCACUGAGUUGUAGAUCAGACAUGCAUUCCUCUUUGUUUGGACAGGGGGAGGACGCCCCACAGCAAACCAGAAGACACUGGUUUGGUUUGUUAAAUAGUUAUGAUUAAGCGGACAUUCCAGCCCCUCAGAGAUCCUCCCCGCCUUCAAAACCCAAGAUUCUACAGUGAGGACGACACUUUCCUCUGACUGAACUGCUGAUUCUGCAACCGUGAUGCUUUCAGGGCACCUGGGAAGACUUUUUCAAAAUAAAGUGCUACAGCACACACUUAUUUGGAUUUAAAAGUGAACUUUAAAUAUGGCUCUAAAGUUUGGAGCAACAAAUUGGAUCUAAAAUAACUGCAGAGUUGGCAUCCCAAAAAUCUAGUAUGCAUCCAGCAUUCAUGGACUUUGAUGUCCAGAUUAGAUUCAACUACAAAGACAGUUAAGUUUAGUUUAACCUUGAUGCUUGUAAGAGUUUUUGUCCUCAUUUUAUAUUUCUAUUAUAUUUUUUAUUAUAUGAACGUUGACUGGGGUCUCAACCUAGUAUCCCAGCUUGAGACGAAGACAGGCCAGCAGACUAGGUUUGAUCAAUUUAAUGCUUAUUCCCCAGCAGAUUAACUCAUCACGUUCCAGUCGGUGCUCAACCAUUGAUUGCUGAACGGUUUACAUUGAAAGCUAAACUUAAAGCCACUGACUGGAUGCAUUUCUGCAUGUAGCUUUGACGCUAUAAUUGAAGCCAACAGUUUUGUAGUUGUGAUUGACCUUGUACACCAACUUUGACAAAGCAUGUUGGAUUGGAUCAUAAACCCUGCCAAAUUGGUAAACCACAUUCUAAUUUAUAAUCAAACAUUAAAUCCAUAUUUGAGUCUUCUAGUCUAGUAUAACUUUAUGAACACCAAUUAAUUUGCCGUUUUUUUUUUUAACAUUCUAAUAUGUUUCUUAAACGGUUAUAUUAAAUGUGUAACUAAUAGUAAAAACCGGUAAUCUCAUUGUGUAAUCGGUUUGAGAUUAGACAUUAGACGAAUUUCUCUUUUUAAUCAAUUUAAAUCAUCUAAAGUACUUUUACGUAACUCAUUUUUUCAACAAACCCCAUUAAUUUCUUAUUAGGUCAGAAAAAAAGUUAUGUACUCCAGAAAUACGGUAGGCAUUACUUUUGUUGAUUUUUGUGUUUAUAGAUACGAAAAAAUAAUUUAUGUUAACAUUGUGACUUAACAUUCAAGGAGAGCUUUAGCCUAUUGAAACUAAUAAUUCAUAUCAUUACAUGAAUCAAUAAAACAUUUUCUGCAGCAAAAUAAAUCCCUUUUUCCAGGUGUACUUGAACGCAUCACGGUCUUUCUGUGCCGGAUGAGGCAGGUAUGGCAUCGGUCUGUGGCAGGAGGGAGGGGAGGUUGGUCAAGUGUAUAUACAUGUUUUAUACACGGUUGUCUGAGGUGAUUAUUGGUUUUAUAUCCGAUGAAACUUGUAUAUUUUGAUUAAAAGUGUGAAACCGGUUCUGAGCCUUACACUGUUUGUGUCACAAAGAAAAAAAAAACAGAUUAAAUAACUUUUUAUCUAAAGAUA